GCCUGCACCUCAUCUCCCAUCCUUCCUGAAGGUUCAUUUCGCUCUAUGGAAGUGGUUUCCCUGGACCAGUUAACACAGUGUGUAUAAAGACAUGGCAUGCUCAUGGCGUCUGUGUGUAUGGAAGUGAGAUUUAUGUUAACGCAGUGGACACCGUGUGUGUGUGUGGUUGCAAUUACAUUUAUUGCUAUUUUGCGUGGCCUGGAUGACCUUGCUGUGGUGUUGGGCCUUCUCAGCCUAAAGGACAAAGAGAGACACAGUCACAGGACAAGGUUAUAGGAGAUAGUCUGUUCCAACCAUUAGCCACCUGUUCCCAAGAAGAUGCUUCAGAGGUGCACAGGAUGACAGGGAAGUUUCAUCCUAAAAUUAAUCCUGGGGAGUUGAGGUGAAGAAGUGGGAUGCUUCAUCCCUAAAAUAAACAUGGCAAAGAAGUUCAGAUGAGCUUUAGCCCUUGCUAUCGUUAUCCAGAUCUGACCUGCUUGACACUCAAAAACACUUCACUGAGGCCCAACAAAAAUUUUUCAACCCUCCAGAACUGGAAUGAAUAAACUGUAACUGAUGGGCAUUGCUAAAGAUGUGUAUUAUGUACUCAUAUUAUUAUAUCUAGGAUGAAUACAUAUUGGCUUUUGUCUGUCUGUGUGUAUCAGAAUUAGUAAUGUUGUUCCGUGGGCACUGAAUGCAUUGUGUUCUGCAAGCCAGUUGCAGAAGUGGAAAGUCACACAAUGUUCUGUCAACAUCAUUUCCCCCAGAAAAUAAUGUGAGCAUAAUAAUGGGAUUAAUUUAUAUUGUUGGUUUGAAUCGAGUCUUUAAAAAUGACAAGAUAUAUGUGAGAUGACUUCAGGUUUUUUAAAUCAGUAAUUUGUGGAAAUAGACUAGCAAAUCCUUGUUAUACUGUUGAUCUCAAAUUUCAUUGUGGGAAUUCCUACAGUUAUUUUCAUGUUAUCUAACCCACUCUACUGGUGUAGAAAAGAUCGAUGCCAGCAGAAUAGAUACUUUGAAAUAAAUAUAUUGAGAACUUUGGUGCCCACCUAAUGUUUUGGAAGUUUAGAGUUGUUGUUAACUCUGUGGAGGUUGAGCUAAUGGCGAAUAAUCUGUUACAGGCAGUAGAAUAACCAGUCUUAACACUGAGAAUGUCAUAACUUAAUUUCCUGCUUCACAUAUCUAAUGAAGACGACUGUGGUCCAUUAAAUCUUUUGCGUCAAUAAAUUUCUUUAAGGUGCUACAAGGUUCUUCUUUCUUUUUUGCUUUCCCCCUCAAUGUUUUAAUGAAAGACAAGGGUUGGAGACAGAUGACUGAUUAAGGGAGUUGCAGGCGAAGACAUCAUUUCCCUUGCUAUGAACACCCAGGGUGGUACUCAACCAGUUUUUACUUGGAGUAUAUUAAUGACUCUUGGUCAUGUUCAUUAAUUUCAACGGGUCUGCUCUGAGAAAAACUUAGGUGAAUACGCCAUUUUAUUUUUGUCAAUUCGAAAAAUCUGAAAAUUUUAUUUUUCAAGAUCUGGAUGGGGGCAUACCCUCGUUGGUUUGCAAGCCCCUUUCACAGAGGCUGACCCCUCUCACUGUCCUCGGAGCUUGCAUACCGGUAACCUCCUCUGGCUGAUAUCCAGACAGACCAGGGAGAUUUUGGUAGGCGACAUUUUCCCAAGCGUGGGUAAAAUGCACAACCCCUCCCUCCUGCUUCCGCAGGGGAAAGAGAAUAAGUCAGAAAUCUAUUUACAUGAUGUUUAUUUCUGACAUUACAGCACUAGAGAAAAACACGUCCUUUCUUUUCAGUUCUUCUAGCAGGUCUGACAAACUUCCUGAACAUGCGCAAAUGGAAGGUUUCAAGUUACACUCUUCACAAAGACUUAUCCAGCCUGCGAACGUCCUGGGAAAUUCUUCUUUCCCACAGAUAGGCACAUCAUGUGAUGUCAACAAUCUGGCUGUCUGCAGCAGUGAUGUUUCCAUAUACAGUGGUGCCCCGCAAGACGAAUGCCUCGCAAGACGGAAAAACCGCUAGACGAAAGGGUUUUCCGUUUUGGAGUUGCUUUGCAGGACGAAUUCCCCUAUGGGCUUGCUUCGCAAGACGAAAAUGUCUUGCGAGUCUUGAGAUUUUUUUUUUCGCUUUCCCCUUUAUCAAAUCUGCUAAGGCUUUAAUAGCCUUUAAUAGCCUUUUAGCAGCUAAUCCCCAAAGCCUUUAAGCCUUUAAUAGCCGCUAAACCGCUAAUAGCGCUAAUCCGUUAAGCCGCUAAUAGGGUUGCUUCGCAAGACGAAAAAACCGCUAGACGAAGACUCUCGCGGAACGGAUUAAUUUCGUCUUGCGAGGCACCACUGUACUGACAACCCUAUAGACAAUAAUGAAAACGCCCUAAAAUAUGAAAUGCAGUAAGGGAUGAACUGCUGUGUUUUCACUAACUGAGGAAACUGGGGGAAUUGAUAUUUAAUGGCCAAAUGAUCACAUUGUCUGGGUUUGCUGCUGCAUAGAGCCGUAAAUAAAAAAUCCAGCCACAUUAAAACGAACUGAAAUUUAUAUUGACUUUUUUUGCGAGUGUGUUAACGGGUUGCAAUGGACAUGAAUAACUGAGGCUCAUUCAUUUCAGUGGGACUACUCUGAGUGGGAUUUAGUUAUAAUCCAAUAUCUUUCUCAAUCGGCUGUUUGUUACAUUUACACAAUUAUAGGGAGUAAGAUGGCAAGCAAGAAGAAGGAAGUUCAGCUACAGGUAGAGAUUUUGUCUUUUACCUUAAUUAUUCAGCUGCUUGCUGGAACACCCAGCACUUUAAAGCUGACAAAACUCUAUGUUUGCUUUACUUUAGGCAGUAAUACUUACUCAAGAACAAUGGGAAGAAAUGUUGCUGAAGAAAGGUCUAACAGGUACAACUGCCCCCUUUCCUCUUAUAUACUAAAGUGUGUGUGUGCAAGCAUGUACGCACCAGUGUUUAAUUGCGUACAUCACUGCAGUGCAUUUACAAGUGCAUGUACUUUGUAACCCCUUUACUGGAUGUUGUAUCCUCACAAAAAUAAAUUCCUGUAUGAUUUUAACUUUUCAGAACUUAUUUCUUGUAAGUAGUCCAAAAACAUGCAGUGAAAUAAAGUGUGGAAAUAUAGGCUGUUAUAUCUUUAAAAUAUGCCCUGCCAAGUCAGUUCCAAAAUUUCCCUCUUCCCCCAGAAUAGGAAAAGAUCACACGUUUGGUAAGUUGAAACUUGGUUUACUUACUAACUCUCCAAAGGUCAUGUUCAUAUGCUCUUCCAUACAUCAGUCAGAAAAGUGGCACAGGCAGUAAAACUUAGUUAUAAAGUGGUACACGUUUCUGUACAAUUGGUGUAGGAACUUUAGAGUGGCUAGUAAGAGCCAUGCGGUUGAGCUGGAGCAAUCGCCUCAAACCUCUUCACAUACUGAGCUGCUCAGGUAGACUGGGGGUGAACAAUAGGGUUUAUUAUCUAUUUCCUCCCAAAGUAAGGGGAAGUGACAUAGCCAAGCCUGGAAGAACAGUUUACUCUAUGGUAUUAACUUCUUAAUGCAUUAAUUAGAGUUAAGCAUGUUGGUUAUAAGAGGCUGGUUAUCCCACAAAUAUUCCCAAUGAUUCUAGGUGCAUUUUAUUUUAAAAAAUGGGCACCUUAAAUGCAAAGAAGUUACACUUACUGUCACAUCUAGUCUGACUACCGGGCAUAGUAGCACAGAAAGCCAAUGUCUGAUUUGCAGGCUACAGAGCUCUUGAUUUGAACCCUAGUGGCACCUGACAUCUGUGUACUGUAAAAUUGGACUACAAAGGCAUACAUUUUUUGAGUUUUCUGAUUUUCAUUAAAUAUGUUUAACAACAACAACAACAGUAAUAAUAAUAAUAAUAAUAAUAAUAAUAAUAAUAAUAAUAAUAAUAAUUUUAUUAUUUAUGCCCUGUCCAUCUGGCUGGGUUUCCCCAACCACUCUGGGCGGCUCCCAACAGAACACUAAAAACCUCCCUAAACAGGACUGCCUUCAGACGUCUUCUGAAAGUCAGAUAGUUGUUUAUUUCCUUCACAUCUGACUGGAGGGCGUUCCACAGGGCGGGUGCCACUACCGAGAAGGCCCUCUGCCUGGUUCCCUGUAACUUUGCUUCUUGCAGUGAGGGAACUGCCAGAAGGCCCUUGGUGCUGGACAUCAGUGCAGUGGUGGAGGAAGAGGAGUGCGGGGAGAGCGCAACAUCCCCGGCAGCGCAAUCCUGGUAGGGUGCCAUCGGGGGUGCUCCCCCGCCUGCGCUGGGCGCCACGCCCCCAGGUGGCAUGCCACGCCCAUGGGGCGGCGCACCACGCCCCCAGGAUGCCCGCCACGCGUGCCAGCCCCGCCCCUGCCUGCUCUCCGCCCUCCCCCCAGUGCCGGAGCAUGAAGCUCUGCCACUGCCUCAGUGUCCGGGCUAAACGAUGGGGGUAGAAAUGCUCCUUCAGGUAUACUGGGCUGAGGCCAUUUAGGGCUUUAAAGGUCAGCACCAACACUUUGAAUUGUGCUCAGAAACGCACUGGGAGCAAAUAUAGGUCUUUCAGGACUGGUAUAAUAUGGUCUCUGAGGCAACCUGGCAGUCACUGUUCACCUGUGCUGGGCCUGCGUCUACCACAUAUGGCAGGCUACCUCUGCUGAAAACAAGUAUUGGCAUUCUGCCAGUUCUUGAAGACAUGCCUAGACUUGGCCUUUGGGUCUUAUUUUUAAUUAUUUUAAACUGUUUAAAUUGUUAUGCCUUUUAACUGGCUUGUGUAUAUUUUAAUUAAAGGGGUUUUACUGCUUUGAUAAGCCUGUUCCAUUGUGUAUUUUAAUUAUGUAUGGAUUUUAUAAUUGAUUUUAUGCUUGUAAACUUAGAAGCCAUUUUGGAUACAAGUGGUGUAUAAAUAAAUUUAUAGUAGUAACAGAUGUAGUAAAACUUAAAACAUGUGUUAAUUCCUGGAAUACGAUUUCUUACUAUUACUGAUACACCAUGCCUAUUAUUAAUUUGUGAUCUUUCCCGUAAAACCUGGUAAAAACAUGGUUUCAACAGAGGGGCAUGUCCCUGCCCCCAGAUCAGAAAAAACGAUAUCACCCAUUUGAAGUUACACAUUUUAUUUAGGCACUUUGUUGUCUGUUUCCCAGUAGUAGAUGUGUAUCAGGCUUGGUGCGGACCUUGCAAAGCUGUCUUGAGCUUAUUCAGAAAACUAAAAAAUGAAUAUGGUGAAGAUGAUCUUCUGCAUUUUGCAGUGGUAAGGAUCCGGAUAUGAAGCCUUCCAAUACCAAACAUUUUGAGGGAAGUAUACUUUUGUGCUCUGUGAUUUAUUUCCUUAUUGCAGUUUCAGCAAAACAUUGAAGACUACAUUCCAAAUACAGUGGUACCUCGGGUUAAAUACUUAAUUCGUUCUGGAGGUCCGUUCUUAACCUGAAACUGUUCUUAACCUGAAGCACAACUUUAGCUAAUGGGGCCUCCUGCUGCUGCCGCGCCGCCAGAGCACGAUUUCCGUUCUCAUCCUGAAGCAAAGUUCUUAACCUGAAGCACUAUUUCUGGGUUAGCGGAGUCUGUAACCUGAAGCGUAUGUAACCUGAAGCAUAUGUAACCCGAGGUACCACUGUACACUGUCAUUAUUUUAUUGCUAGGUCGACUGAUUUCAGCUGCUGGAGAAAUCCUGUAGUCACAUAUCAGGGUUGCCAUACAUUCGGAAUUUCCUGGACAUAUCCAGAAUACUGCAGUUGGAAGCAGUGUCUGGGCGGAAAUUGCCCCCUCCCCAGUAAAAAAAUGUCCAGGAAAAUUCAGACAUAUGGCAACCCAUGUCGGCAGUGUCAUUUUUGGCAAUUAUCCUGAAAAAUAGCCCCAAAACUUCUUCCUUUUUUUUGCAAAUUUGCCAAAAAAAGCUCAACAACUACCUUUCUGCCUGAAUUUUCACUGUUUGAAAUAUGGCAACCCUAUCACAUAUGAAAAGCUACUGUAUGGUUACGAAAGAGGGGAGGAAUAACAGAAUUAUAAUAUAUGAACCCUAGCGCGUGGCGCUGUUGUCUAAACCACAGAGCCUAGGGCUUGCCGAUCAGAAGGUCAGCAGUUCGAAUCCCCACGACGGGGUGAGCUCCCGUUGCUCGGUCCCUGCUCCUGCCAACCUAGCAGUUCAAAAGCAUGUCAAGUGCAAGUAGAUAAAUAGGUACCGCUCUGGCGGUAAGGUAAACGGCGUUUCCGUGCACUGCUCUGGUUCGCCAGGAGCAGCUUAGUCAUGCUGGCCGCAUGACACGGAAGCUGUCUGCGGACAAACAGAAGCUCCCUCGGCCUAUAAAGAUGAGCGUGCAACCCCAGAGUCUUCCACGACUGGACCUAACCGUCAGGGGUACCUUUACCUUUUAGCCACCUUUAAGCUAGAAAUACAAGAAUUAGUGCAGCCGUAGUUCAUCUACAAAUAGUAUUGCAAAAAAUAAAAAUCAAGCCUUGGGAAUACGUAACUUUCAGAAGGAGAGGGUAUUCUGCCCUCAAAUUUUAGAACACAAAAUAUUGUUUAACAGAUCUUCACUGUUUAUUUCAGAGAGUGUUCCACAUCCCUAAAGACCAAUGUUAAAGAUUCUGGAUUUUCCAAAAUGUUGAAAUACUGCUCCCACUGCUGGUUUGGGAAGUGCUGUACACCACAAUCCACAUCUAUCAUGCCAUUUCUUAUUAAAUACCAGGUUUUAAUGUUUUUACCUGAAACCCACUUUGAUCUGAACUGGGGAAAAGAACGACCAAGCUGUCUUUUAAGCUGGUAAUGUGUGCAGAGAUUUACACAUUUUAAUGCCCCUUUGAUUUCAGUGAAAUAUUAAGCAAGCAUGUGCUUCACUCUUGCUUUCCCUUUAAAACUAAUGGGAUUUCAGAGUGCUUACCUUUGGCUAGAAGAAUGCUAUUUAUUUCCUUACAUUUGCAUUUUUCAGUAGCACCAUCUAUGGUCGCAUUAACGGUGAAGUCAUGCAACUGGAAACAAGGCAGGAAGCUAUCAGCAGACUGCAAAUCAAAACUCUCAGUGAGCCAGCCAGCAAUACUCUACAGAGAAUCUACAGUGGUACCUCUGGUUAAGAACUUAACUCAUUCUGGAGGUCCGUUCUUAACCCAAAACCAUUCUUAACCUGAGGUACCACUCAGGGCCGUCUUAAGCAUAUCUGGCACCGUGGUGUGAAGGUCUCUCUGGCUCCCCCCCCCCCCUUUCCCAGAGCUGCCAACCUUUUUUAGGGAGGACAGCGCUGCCAGUGACGCACCCAGCUUUGCAGGACUGGAGGAGGCGGGCAGCAACUGAAGGGCAGCUCUUCUGGCAGGGAAGAGGCAGAGGCUGGACGUGGCAGCUUCUGGCUCAGCUGGCCACUUUGUGCUGUGGUGGCCACAGUAGGGAGAGGCUCCGGGCACAACGCUGCUUCAGUGCGGCAUGGCGGAGGUGGGCAAGGGCAGCGAUCUGAUGCCGGGAGGCGCUGCAUCCAACCUCUGCCUCUUCCCUGGCACCCUCCAGAACUUGGUGCCCUGGCGCCCUGCGCCACUAGAUUCUAUGGGUAAGAUGCCCCUGGUACCACUUUAGCUAAUGGGGCCUCCCACUGUCACUGCGCCGCUGGUAUGCAAUUUCUGUUCUCAUCCUGAGUUAAAGUUCUUAACCCGAGGUACUACUUCCGGGUUAGCGGAGUCUGUAACCCGAAGUGUUUGUAAUCCAAGGUGUUUGUAGCCCAAGGUACCACUGUAUAUGGGAAUUGCUAUAGCUUGGCUUGCGGGUAUUUUGAAAAAUGAUAAUAAUGUAGGUUAUGUAUCUGUCCUUCAUUUAAGGCAGAAGCUAACAGCAUUCCAAGUCUGCUCCCCUUUAAAGAUAAAUGUGAACCCGCUUUUAUCUUCUGUGUGGUAAGUACACGGUGAAUGACUUUAGUUUUUGUUUUGCUGGUGACUAAUUCUCAGUUAAUUCUUCAGAUUGAAAAGAGGUGCAUCACUGAAGUAUGGAUUUAUAUGAAAUAGUUGACUAUGGAGUUGGAACAACUGACAACAAACUAGUGACAGAUGUCAAAAUUAAAAAAUUGUCCAGUAGCACCUUAGAGACCAACUAAGUUUGUUCUGGGUAUAAGCUUUCGUGUGCAUGCACACUUCUUCAGAUACACUGAAACAGAAGUCACCAGACCCUUAUACAGUGGUACCUUGGGUUAAGUACUUAAUUCGUUCCAGAGGUCCGUUCCUAACCAGAAACUGUUCUUAACCUGAAGCACCACUUUAGCUAAUGGGGCCUCCCGCUGCUGCCGUGCUGCCGGAGCACGAUUUCUGUUCUUAUCCUGAAGCACUAUUUCUGAGUUAGCGUAGUCUGUAACCUGAAGCGUAUGUAACCUGAGGUACCACUGUAUAUAGUGGGAGGGUGGGGUGGGGUUUUUCUCAGAAGGGUAGUUGGAGAUGGGUGAUAGAUGUGCCACACAUAGAGAUCAGCGUAUGUAGGAGCACAUCUUUCUGCUAGGUCACAAAACAUCAAGGGAUUCAGAAUACCCCAGGUGACACAUAUGCAGAGUAUUCUAUAUGCCAAUAGGCCAGAGGCGGAUUUAGGGAAGUACGGCUGGUUUGGUGGCACUGGGGACAGAUCCAUGGGUCAAUGAGGGGGCGUCACAACUAUGGUGUAGAAUGGCUUAUUAUUUGAACCAUUGCCAUUGAGAAUCUCAAGCUUAGUGUGUAGACAUUGAUGUUAUCUCCAACUUCCUCUGAACAGUCCUAAACAAAGCAGUUGUCAGAUAAGAAACCGGUAAAGGUUCAGUGGUGUAGAAAUUUAAUUGAUCACAUAAAUCAAACGAAAUAUUUUGAUCAUUUGAACCAAGUGCCUCCAAUUGUUUGGAGCGGCAGAUUUUUAAACAAACAAACAAACAUUUUAAUACAAAAAUAAUACAAGAACUUAAGAAACAACUGAAACUAACAGGCAUGCAUGAAUCCCCUGGGUAUACCAGCAGCUGCCACAAGAAGCAUUUCCCUCUGUGAUAGGAGAAAGUGGAAUUCCUCAUUGAAGGCUGAACCUCAGUUACCUUUCCUCCAUUCUUUAAAGUUCCACAUCAAACUGCCUCCCCCCCUUUUUUUUUGCCCUGGAGCUUUCACCGCAAAAACCCACUCCUUUAAGCUCAAUCAGAGCAAAUGUCAGUCCAUGGAAAACCUGAAUUAACGUUUGCACCCAUUGAGCACUAAAGACUGGGUUUUUGCAGGGAAAGCUCCAAAGGGGGGGCGGGGAUUAAAAUGCUCAGACACAGAGCGUUUAAUCAUGAACCUGUGCCUGAAAAGAGUAGGGCAAAGAGUGUGGAUAAGCCCUGAGAUAGUCCCUGCCAUCUUUUGGAAGUGUGUGGUGAUGCAGAGCUGGGAAUUGGUGUCACAAUGUUGUGAUCAUGAGGGAUCAGGGACUUCUCAAUUUUCUUCCAUCGCCUUCCACAGCUAAGUCUCCCAGUGUUCCCACACCACUGACCCCCCCCUCCAGUUUGUUUAUGCAAAUGGAAUAAACAAUUAAUUAUAAUGUAUAGGUAGAUUCAUGCUAUGCUAGUUGAGCUGAGUUCCCAUGGAAAUCAUAAUGGCAAAUCAUGGUAACUUUUUACAUUGAUUCCAAUAGGCUCAGCUGGAGCUUAACUAACCUUUGGUGCAAUCCUAUGCAUUUUUACUCAGAAGUAAGUCACACUGAGGUCAUUGGGACUUACUCCAAAGUAGGUGAAUAUAGGACUGCGGUCUUACAGUGCCAUCUUGUGCAGGUGUCCUCAGAAAUAAGUUCAAUGAGACUCACUCACAGGCAAGUGAGUAUAACAGGCAUUUCAAAUAUAAUGAUCAAUGCUGCUGAUUUUUGUUAAUUUUAAUUAUUUUAGAUCAUUGUGUUUAUGGUGUUUUUGUGAUAUUUUGAGCAGACUUGAGUGGCUAUUCUCAAAAAGGUAGGCUAUAAAAAAGAAUUUUUAAGCAAAGAUAAAUAUGUAUAGGGUGAUAACCAGUUAGUCAUACUCAGAAUAGACCCACUGAAAUAACUGGACUUAGGUUAUUUAGGUUUGAGUGUGACUAUCCUUGGAUACCACUGAUAGGAUUGCAGCCAUAGUCCUUCAGGUUGUUGGAAGCAAAUAAAGCACAUAAAACGAAAGGUUUGCACCUGGAAAAUAUUUGUUGUUGGAAACCAAUUAAAACAUACAAAACAAAACUAUGAGAUGUUGCUGAGCACUGUUUUAUUUGGGCAAAUAUUAUUUGCAGGAUGGCAAAAUGGUAGAUAUUGUGAGAGGCGCGAAUGGACCUCUUCUGUGUAGAAAAGUCAUAGAGAUAGUAGAACGAGAGAGAAGAAUCGUAGCAGGAGAAGCAGAAAGACCAGAGGUAACUCUGCCUUGACCCAGUAUUGGCAUAUUUUAUUAAGAAGUACGGUUGCCUUCUCUUUCUAAUGCUCUGUGUUCUGCUUUAUUGCUGAUAUGAUUUUUAUUCUUUGUACACAUUCCUGUUUUCAUUGGUUUGAAAGUGCUACCCUGAGUAUAUGUUCACCCUACGUACUUAUUGAUUUCUUUCCCCUGUCGGACCAUUUCUCUGUUGCAAACUGCUUUGGAAAUGGUGCAGAGAGUUUUGAAAAUUAACUCCAAUCCUAAGGGUGCAAUUCGCUAGGAUGCCCAUUCAUGGUGUCUAUGGCUGCCCCACACCAUUAAAGCACAUUUGAAACACAUUUCCCGCACCCUCAAAGAAUUCUGGGCACUGCGGUUUCUGAAGGCUAACUGGGAAGUGUAACUCUUGUGAGGGGUAAACUAGGUGGGUGAUGAUCUACAAUGGCUUAUGAUCUAUGGCACUUGUACACGACAAUAUCAGGUGGAGGCUGAAGUUAAUCAGAACAAUUCUAGGAAACGUAAAUGGACACAGGCAUCAUUGGACACAUAUGAAUGUGCAGUUGUGGGUGGCACUGUGGUCUAAACCACUGAGCCUAGGGCUUGCCAAUCAGAAGGUCGGCGGUUCGAAUCCCCAUGACGGGGUGAGCUCCCGUUGCUCGGUCCCUGCUCCUGCCCACCUAGCAGUUCGAAAGCACGUCAAAGUGCAAGUAGAUAAAUAGGUCCCGCUCAGGCGGGAAGGUAAACAGCGUUUCCGUGUGCUGCUCUGGUUCACCAGAAUCGGCUUAGUCAUGCUGGCCACAUGACCUGGAAACUGGCUGUGGACAAACGCUGGCUCCCUCGGCCUAUAGAGUGAGAUGAGCGCCGCAACCCCAGAGUCGUCCGUGACUGGACCUAACAGUCAGGGGUACCUUUACCUUUAUUUCCAUGGGUCUUGUUGUGGGGCAGGGUUCCAGCAAAUUUGGGGUUGCACAGAUGCACUGGCAGGGUCAGUCCAGCACUCCCACUGGUGCGUCGUACAGCCUGGACCUCCCACCCAGGUAAGUUGCAGCAAUGCCCGUGUCAAGAGGGUGCCUUUGCAGCCUGCGACACCCACCCUUUGCAAGGGAGUCCUACCAUGUUCAAUUGAACGUAAUCUCAGAAACGUGUGCACCACCUUGCCAUUUUAAGCACAGAAGUUCCUAUUGGUGCCAAGCGGUGCAGUCAUAAACAAAUCUACUCCAAAUCACACCUCACCAAAUUCAGUGGAACUUACUGCCUGUGAGUGGUUAUAGGCAGGGAUGGCUGGAACCCCUUGGGAUUGGUGGCAUGGGAAGGCAGGGAGCCCAAUGGAACGGAAGCAGAUGGAGCCAGAGCCAAUUUAUUCUAGUUUUGUCACCAUCUUCCCUCUCCUGAGUUCUACAAGGGGGACCCUGAGACCAAGGAGCCGGAAGGCAGGGCCACACCCCGGAAAGUUGUAAGUAAGAAAGCAGGCAAGUUAACAGCUGCCGUGGGAGGCCCUGAAUUCUGUUAGGAUGGCAGCUGGGGCGUAGGGAGCGUGAGAGAGUAGCCUUUUCAGCCCAUCCAGAAGACACCCCCUAAAACUACUAAUAGUGGGGUGGGGUGGUAUAUUGAAGAAACACCACAGCAGGGAUUAUUAUCCCCUUCCCUCCAAACUGCAAUCCUGAACCAGUGCUCUCCUCCCCAUCACUGGCUUUUAUCCAAUCAAAGCUGCCUUACCUUGCAGCUGAUGGUAUCUAUCCAUCAAUGCUUUCUUGAUGCUUUCUUUCCAUCCAUCCAUCUGCCUAUGGAGAAUCUAUAUUGGUGAUGUUUCAUUUCUAUACUGUUUGGAAACUUUUGAAAGAACUGUCUCACGAUUGCAUCCUUACCAAAUAUUAUUUUGAAAUAGCUUAUUGAAAGAGGACAAAAAAAUAGGAUUUAGCGAGAAAAAGUCUAAAUAUCAAGUAGAAAUUCUGGAGGAAAGAACAAAACUUUUGUCUAAAAUGUACAACUAUCUGUUGGAAUGGGACACUAAGGAUGAGUUAAUAAAAGAAGUAAUGGUAAAGUGGGCAAUCGAUUUUGGUUACAACAUAGAAUAUGAUAAAUGGGUAAAACUAUGGAACGAACGGAUGAAAUUUACAGCGUGUUCCACUUUAAGGGAAAACUUAGGAAAAAUGAUGUACCGGUGGUAUAUUACCCCGGUCAAAUUGGCAAAAAUGUACAAAUUGAGCAAUAAAGCCUGUUGGAAAUGUAAACUUAAGGAUGGGGAUCUCUACCACAUGUGGUGGGAAUGUAAAAAGAUGAAAAAAAAUUGGGACCUAAUAUACAAUGAACUUAAGAAACUUUUAAAGUACACAUUCCUGAAAAAACCGGAGGCUUUCCUCCUAGGGAUAAUAGGGGAGGAAUUAAAAAAGGAGGAUCAUAAACUAUUCCAAUAUGCCACGGUAGCAGCUAGGAUUCUUGUAGCUCAAAAAUGGAAGUCACCGGAGAUCCCAACGGUUAUGGAAUGGCAGGCUAAAUUUUUUGAAUACACAGAAUUAGCUAAAAUGACAUAUAAAAUCCGACACCAAAAAGGGACAAAGUUUGAAGAAGAAUGGGGUAAAUUUGUAGCAUAUAUAGGAAUUAACUGCAGAAGUUUAAAAACUACAGCAGGGUUAAUAUAAAUCCUGUGAUGUGUAUAGAAGUGAGUAAGAAUCUGUAAGAGAAGAUGUAUAUUAAGAAAACCGCAAAUGGGAAGGAAGGAAGUCGAGGCGUGAUUUUACGCAGUGUAAAUAAGAUGACACCAAUGAUGACUGUAAAGAUUGUUUUAUUUUGUUUGUGGAAAAAUUCAAUAAAAAGCAUUAAAAAAACCCACAACAACAAAUAUUAUUUUGAAAAGUUGGUAUGACCGUCAUGUAACAGUGAAAACAUUUUCAGUUGCCAGAACUUCUGUUUGUGGAGGAGAAAGAAUCCGAUGAAGAACUUGUAGAAGAAGAAGCUGUCGGCAAGUUUUCCUGAUAGAUUUUAUUUUUAUUUUUGUAUAGGUAGCAAAUCAGUGGUGUGAUCGUUGUUGUUGUCCGUUAACCAUUUGUUGGUAGGAAUGUCUUAACAGGAGACAGAUGCCCCCGCAGCUCCAAUGGGGAGGAGUUAAACACGCUCUUUCCCACCAUCCUGCCUCGGGGUCCAUAGAACUGUGACUCGCUUCACCUCUGGUCAGUCAUGCUGCUUACCAGGUGCUAGAGGUGGAGGGGAAAGGCAGUGGUGAGGUUGGCGCAGUGCAAACACUCAGGUGGGUAGUGUGCCAGCCUCUUCACUGCCACCUCCUCCCUGUCUUCCUCCUUAUAAGCAGCAACACAACCAGCCAGAGGGUCAGGGGAGUGCCACUGCCCAGCCACACUGUCCGCUGCGGACGGCAAGGCCAGCACCACAUUAUGGCCAUUGCAGGCGUGCCAUACAACAGGGUAGAGUGACCUGUGACCUGGCAAGACAUGAAGGCAGGAAUUGGUAUCUGAAUGAGGCAGAAAGGCUUUUGAAAGGGAAAUGUCUGCACCUGCAGCCCCUUAAAGCAAAUUCAAGGAAGAAUUUCCCAUUCUAGUGGUUUUUUAUGAUGCCCAGAGUAUUAAAAAAUGCCAAUCUGUCAGCAUUUCAGACCAAAUUUUCUGAUAUCUGAAAAAAACAAACCCAUUUGUCAUUUUCUUUUUACUCAUCUUGGGUAAGGAUGCAGACAAAAGAGGCAAAUGUUUCACGCCGCUGGGGGUACAAAUAGGGCCAAUUUUUAGUCUUCUGUUCUACUAACUAGACAAACUUAGAGGGAGGUUUUUUGUUUCUAGAAAAAUACAAAUUGGAUAAGGUGGACUUACUGGAACUGAUUUUCAGUCAGCUAUACUACCAGUGUCUUUUAAACAUAGUUUUGUUUGUCCUGAUCACAUUUCUCAUACUUAUCUACCUGUAUGAUAAUGUCAUUUGGAAUCUCCUUCCUGAAGACACAGAUAUGAAAUUGUGAUGUGGUGCUCUUUUUGAUGGUCGGAUGUGGUCAGAUGCCUGUAAGAAUUUGCAUUUAAAUACAGUGGCACCUCGAUUUUCGGAUGUCUCCAUUGCCCAAUGUUUCAGUUUUCAAACACCGAAAACCCUGAAGUAAAUGCUUCCAUUUUUUAACAUGCCCUGGAAGUCAAACGGCUUCUGCUUGCAUGUAUCUGUUGUUUUUUUACAGUUUUCUCGGUUGAAUGGGCAGACCGCCCUUUGUGCCUCAGUUUUCGGACUUUUUGGAAGUUGAAUGGUCUUCCAGAACGGAUUACUUUCGAAAACCGAGAUACCACUGUAAAUGGAUCCCACACACAACAAGUGCUUGUUAAAACAUUGCAAGCAUGUAUCUAUAAAAGAACAUUUGACAUAGGAAGUUACUUAGUACGUAGUCUUGUUCCUAUAUACUGAAUGUUGUAUACACUCCUGCUUCUCUUUCAGAGGAGGAAAAAUACACUGUUGUGAUCAUAAAACCUGAUGCAGUUGAAGCAGGAAAAGUUGAAGAAAUUAAACAAACGGUAAAGAAAACUUUUUACUGAAAAAUAUGAAACAAUACUGAUUCAUUUGAAAACUAGGAUGGCAAGAAUUUGCUAAGCCAGAUGCACAAAACUUCCAUAUGAAAACAGACCAAGAGCCAUGUUUUUGACACAUUAUCCUGUUUUUUUUCCAGCUUCAGGAAGGCCAUAAAGAAGCUUAGUAAGCUGUCUUACAUGGCAAGGGGGCUGAACCAUUUUGGUGGGCUGUAAAUACUUGCACAGUGAUGUAUUAAAUGCUGUGCUAAUCUGUAUUUCUGUGUGAUCUGUAGCAUGGAUGCUGCUCCCCUGAAAAGCCAGAGAGCUUUGUGGAACAAUUUUUGUUUGGCCGCUUACAUUAUCCAUAUUUGCUCUGCAUCCAACGUGGUCCCACCCCUGGUUUGGAAAGCAGUUAACCAUAAGCCAUAUACAUAAGCCAUAUAUAUCCUGUACCUGUUGUAGCAUUUCUUAUGAAAUCCUGCAUUUUGAUGUGCUGUCCCACAAAACAGCUUAGAUCUGAAUUGAGAAAAGCAACUGCAUUUUAGACCAGUAAUGUGCACACAGUAAUUGUGCCAAUAACCCUGAUAUACCGCUUCAUCAAGCACUGUGAUAAAACCACUAUCUACUCUUGCAUUAUAUGCUUAUUUCCCCUCCUCUAGGUUACUAAGCAACAGUGGCUGUAGCAACUGAUAACUUUUUUAACAGGCUCAAAACUUAAAGGCAGUAUGCCCUGCGUUUUCCACAACAUGUUAAUUUCAUGGUGAAGAGAUUUACAAACCUUGCUUGCAUGAAUUUAGAACACCGUACUUGCAACGAGUCACUGCUUUAUAUAUAAUAUUUCAGGAUUGGUUAAAUACUUUUGUGCAAAAUCAAAUUACUGGAUACAAGCUUUUCAGCAAAAUCCUAUCUGUAUAUUUAACCAAUAGCUCAGCCCUAAUCUUCUAACAAAAGGGCCGCGGGUGGUGCUGUGGGUUAAACCACAGAGCCUAGGACUUGCCGAUCAGAAGGUCAGCGGUUCGAAUCCCCGCAACAGGGUGAGCUCCCGUUGCUCGGUCCCUGCUCCUGCCAACCUAGCAGUUUGAAAGCACGUCAAAGUGCAAGUAGAUCAAUAGGUACUGCUCCAGCGGGAAGGUAAACGGUGUUUCCGUGCGCUGCUCUGGUUCUCCAGAAGCGGCUUAGUCAUGCUGGCCACAUGUUCUGGAAGCUGUACGCCAACUCCCUCGGCCAGUAAAGAGAGAUGAGCGCCGCAACCCCAGAGUUGGGCACGACUGGACCUAAUGGUCAGGAGUCCCUUUACCUUUACCUAAUCUUCUAACAGUGCUUAGAUGAUCAGGCAAUUUUGUGGGCAUGCUGGUCUGCUGUAACAGAGAAUGAAAAAGGGGUAGCAAAGAUGGCUUUCCAUCCUAAAAAUGAUUGGUCACAUUAAAUUGUAUGUUGCACCUCCCUGUUUGUUUAAAGUUUUACAUUAAGAUUAUGGUGAUACAUGAAUUUUUUGAAUUUUCAUUUGUUCCUUUGUUCAGAUCAGAUAACUGAUCAGUUAAAAGUUCUUUGAUUGGUUGCACUGCUUAAACACAGCCUUAUAACCCAACCUUUUUUCUUCUGAAAUGUGCUCCGAUAACUGAAGAUUACAGAAGCAGGCUUUAACAUUCUUGCAGAAGCCCUGAGGACAUUAACGGAUGAGCAAGUUAGGGAUUUUUAUCAAGACAAAUCAGAAGAGGUAAGAAGAACAGAUACAUGUGGGAGAACAUAGCCAUUGAUGUAGAUAAUCAAAAUGAUUGAUUACAUGAAUUGCAUGUUAGCAUAGCUGGGGGGAAAUAAUCUAGUUACUAUUUUAACUCACAGAAAAACAAUGCUGGCCUUGCUGGGCCUCAUCCCUCUUUCCACCGUUUCAGGUCCCCAUACUGGUCAACAGCAAUGGAAUUCCCACCAGUUAGCUUCCAGUUGGUCACAUCACUCCUGUUUACUGGGAGGCAGAGGUGCAAGGUGGCACCAAGGUCCACAUGGAGCAAAUGCACCAGCAGGAGGCUUUUGGGAAAUGAUUUAUAAUGAAAUGAAAAAAAGAGUAACCUUUGUUAAAAAACCAGAAGCCUUUUUAUUAGGUAUUCUAGGAGUGGUGAUUCCAAAAGAACAGAGAAAAUGGUUUAUGUAUGCUACGAUGGCCGCCCGGAUGCUGUUAGCUCAAAGGUGGAAAGAGGAAGCAGUCCUGGCCAAAGCAGACUGGCAAACCAAGUUAAUAGACUAUGCUGAGAUGGCAAAACUAACUGGAAAGCUCAGAAAUGAAGAUGACAAGAAAUUUAAAAAAGAAUGGGAAAUGUUUAUCAUGUACUUCAAAAAGUAUCGUCAACAGGUUAAUACAUUGGCAGGAUUUUAAGAACGCUUGUAAUUUUAGAAAUAGUGUAGGACAUUUGAGAUAAAAUAAUAAUAAUUUGGAAUAGAAAUGAUAUGCAGUUGAAAAAGAAAUUUAAGGAACUAGGGAAGGGGUGGGGGAGGGAAGUCACGGGAUUUGGAGAAUCCCAUGUUAUGGAUUUGAUAUGGCUUUUACAUACAUUUUUCUUUGUUUGCGUUUGUUGUUGUUUGUUUUGUUGAAAAAUUAAUAAAAAUAUUUUUUUAAAAAAUGAAAGACAAAUGCACAAGCAGGAAUACUGGAUUGGCUCUGCCAGUGCAUUUGUCAAGUAUCAUUCUCGACGUUGCCUGGUCCCUGCCCUCUGCCUUCCGGUGAGCAGCCCCAAUGCAGCCAGCCAGAGGUCAGCCCACCAUGGAACUGCUACUGGAUAGAACGUAAACUUCUAUAUUUGAAAUAUUUUAGGAUCUCAGUAGCAUUGCUAGAUUAAAGGUAAAGGUAAAGGGACCCCUGACCAUUAGCUCCAGUUGUGGCCGACUCUGGGUUGUGGCACUCAUCUCACUUUAUUGGCCGAGGGUGCCGGCGUACAGCUUCCAAGUCAUGUGGCCAGCAUGACUAAGCCGCUUCUGGUGAACCAGAGCAGUGCACGGAAACGCCGUUUACCUUCCCGCCAGAGCGGUACCUAUUGAUCUACUUGCACUUUGACGUGCUUUCGAACUGCUAGGUGGGCAGGAGCUGGGACUGAGCAACGGGAGCUCACAUCGUCAUGGGGAUUUGAACUGCAACCUUCUGAUCGGCAAGUCCUAGGCUCUGUGGUUUAACCCACAGUGCCACCCGCGUCCCUAUUCCUAGAUUACCUAAUGAAUAUAACAAUAUGUUGUUACAGGCACCUUGUAUCUCGGUAAUAACAGGGAGAAAUGUAGUGCUAAAUUAAUUGAUGGUGAGUCUUCUUUCCUGGCCCUUAAUGACAAAAAUACUUCCACCCCCCCCCACCCCAGAUUGACUUUGAAGAGUUUGUUUCGUUUAUGCUGUCUGGACCAUGCCAUGUGCUGAUCGUUUCUGAAGGAAAGCAAACGCACGAGGUUAUGCCUUAUUUACAAGAAUUGGCUCCUGGAGAGGGAGAGGAGGAGGAAGAAGAGGAGGAGGAGGAGGAGGAAGAGGAGGAGGAAGAAGGGUAUCGGAAACCUCCAAGUGAAGCGCCAGCCAGGUAGAUUCCAACAUGGAGUGCGUGAGUAUAUGGGUGUGCAGGUGGAUGGGAUUCCUCCGACCCAAUAUGAGAUUGACAGUAAUAUUGCUUGCGCAUUGGAUACCAUGUGCAGGAUUUUUCAAAUCCACCCCGGUAUUUCAAGUGUGCCUUCAUGCUAGGCAAUAUCAGAUUUACUUCACUCAUUCAAUUAUUUAUUUAUUUAUUUAUUUACUUAUUUCAUUUCUAUACCGCUUUAUAUUUUAACAGCAUAUUAAAACACCAAUAAAACAAUCCAGAAUCAAACAUUUCUGAAGAAAGUCAACUAUACAGUAUACAGUCAAAGCAACAUAAUUAACAGAAAACUAAAAUAUUAUCUUAAAAAAAUUCAAAAAUAAACGUAACAAAGGAGGUCAAUUACAGAAUACAUAUUUAACACAAACAAAGUUAACAAAAAGAAUCUUAAAUAUUUCAAACUGAGAAGAUCCAAAAUUGAGAAGAUCCAUUUGGAGGCACCAAAUUUUGGCCUACAAAAAUUUACCAAAGUCUGCCCUUGUACACACCAGCCCCUCUCUCUCUUGCCUCUGAAAUUAUGUUUUGAAUUAUGUCUGUCUAUUGCAGCAAGAUUAGUGUUUCACGGCCAAGUCUCUAAAUUUCACCUCAAAGCUAUUGUGAUACAUUAAGUGCUCAUUUUGUACUUUGUAAAAUGUUUAACAGUUACAUUUAUAUUAUUUUACCCUUUAUUAGCUUGAAAGGGUUCUUGGAAGGCCAAGCUAUAUCAGAUUUAUGUGACGUUCACGACAGAGUAGAAGAAGCAAGCCGCGAAUUGGCCUUCUUCUUCCCUGAUUUUUCCAAGCCGAAGAAAGGCCCAGCUCUUGAAAAAACAGUGGCCUUGAUUAGACCUUCUCUCUUGAGGGAAAGGAGAGGUUAGUGAACGUCAAUACACAAUUCUCUCCGUAUUCUUGACAUGUUGCUGGGUCCAGAAAUGUGGCCGCAGAAGGCAUUCUUGCAUUGACUCUGUACCAGGGACUGCUAUGCGCAGGGCAGUAUCUUACAAUACCCAACAUAAUAAUAAUAAUAAUAAUACCUUUAUGUACUGAAGUUCUCACCCUGGGCCAGCAGCGGGAUACUGUACAUAGUUAUGCAAAUAAGGGAUAGAAAGUGACGUUCAGUGACUGGAUAGUUUUAGAAAAUUGUUACUGUUGCGUUGUAGUGGAGCUCUAUAUAAUCAGGCUGGCUGAACCCUUCAGUUCAGUUCUGUUCUGGCCUGUGAAUAAACAAGAGCUGUUUGAAGAAUCGCUGUGUCGUAUGAUAUGUUCACCCACAACUUAACAAUUGUCAAUGUACAACCCGUGUACAAUGAAAUUAACCGAGCCUCCGCCCCCCAAACACUCAGUCUCAUUGCACGGUGUGUGCUUGUCGCACAACACACCAACCCUGAAAGUCAAUUGCACUAUAUUAUUUUCCGUUCAGCAGCCUAACAUGGAGAGAAACUGUUUUUUAGCCUGUUGGUACGACUGAUUAUUAUACUUCUAUAUCUCCUGCCUGAGGGUAGAAGAUUAAAGAGGUGCUGGCCAGGGUGUGAAUCGUCCCUGAGAAUUUUUCUCGCUCUCCUAAGGCAACAAUCCCUUGCAAUGUCAUCUAACUGGCUCAGGGGACAGCCCAUGAUAUCAUGUGCUGUGUUCACCACCCUCUGUAAAGACUUUCUGUCUGUGGCUGUCAAGCCAACGUACCACACUGUGAUACAAUAUGAGAGGACACUUUCUAUUGUGGACCGGUAGAAGGAGGUCAUCAAUUGUUGUUUAACAUUGUUCUUUCGCAAGACCCUGAGGAAAUGGAGUCUCUGUUGGGCCUUCCUAACCACCUGGGUUAUAUUGUUUUUCCAACUGAGGUCUUCACUAAGGUAAACUCCCAGGAAUUUAAAGGAAGAGACUCUCUCCACACAACCCCCCCCCCGAUAUACAAGGGUGACAGUUCCCCUCUCUUCCUCCAAAAGUCCAACACCAUCUCCUUUGCCUUGCUAAUAUUUAGGUGCAAGUUAUUCUCUAAGCACCAUGUAGAUACUUUCUGAACCUCCCCCCCCCCCCGUGUACGCUGAUUCAUCUCCACCUGUAAUUAGACCCAUUAUGGUAGUAUCACCUGCAAACUUAAUAGUUACAGUGGAUGGAUCAGAUGAAAUAUAGUCAUAUGUAUGUAACGAGUAUAGGUAGGGACUCGGCACACAUCAAAACACAAUGGGUUUUGAUGUUAAAAGCUGCAUAGCACAAUAUGGCUGCCACGAGGGGCGUGGCCUAACAAAAAACUCGAGAGGCAGCCAUUUCCAAUGGAUGUGAUGGCAGUGGCCUGGCUGGGUGGCUGAGAAUGCCCCCACUUUUUGAAAGCAGCCGCCUCCCCAGUCUUGCUGUAUCCACAGAGUACUGAGGGGUGGGGUGCCUACAUGUGUUAACUGUUAAUCGUCUUUUGCGCGCAGAUUCUAUUCUGAAAAGGAUUGAGGAGGAUGGCUUUCAGAUAGCGAUGCAAAGAGAAAUCGUCUUAACAGAAGAGCAAGCUCGUGAGUUUUACAAAGAGCACGAAGGUCAAGAUUAUUUCCCAGCUCUCCUGGAACAAAUGACCAGGUGUGCCGCUUGAGAAACAAGAGCUUUAAAUGCAGGGAGAUAAAUUUAUUUUACACACUGCAACUCUGAAACUUGGUGGAAGGGUGAGAAUCAAAUAUUAAUCAGGGAUGUAUAAAAUGAGUACAAAAUUGCAGGUACAGAAUGUAUUACAUACACAGCCUCUGGUUCAAGCUGCCCUCAUGGGAUCCCAAACUGAGCAGUGAAUCAUAUUAUUGUCUACUGUUCAACUUCAUGGGGCAUCUGCCAUUUAAUUUAGCCCUUCCCAGUGAUGGGAUUGGCGCCACCACUAGAGUUCCAGUUUUUCUGGUAAAAUGGACAAUCAGAUGGUGAUCAGUUUUGGGGAGAAUGCCGGGCAAAGUUGAGAUUACUUCCAGACAAGGAGGGAAUCUAUUUGGUCCUAUAUUAAGAUAAAGUUAUGUGUACGGGUCCCAUAAGUAAAACAGACCAACAGAAAACACAAAAAAAUAACCUAGGCUCCUGCGUAUCCACUUUUUUAAUGAAUAAAUUUAUUUAAAAUGCUAGGAAUAUUGUGCGUAACAUAUUUCUCAAACUAGUGGGGAGGCUGCAUUUAACCAAGUAUUUCCCCCUUUUUUCUGUGUAGUUUGUUUAAUAAAUUCCUUACUUUAUUGGCAACCCUGACUUAGCUAUUUCAGUUAAUAGCAGAGCACUUAGAAUCGCUUUGGUAUGAAUGAUUCACAUGGAAUUUGUUAAUGGUUUUAUAAAUGCAAAAAAGAGAGCUAAACAUGAGUUUGUAACAGGUCUUUUUAAAAACCUUCUGCUGUAUUUGCACCGGACAGCGGACCAACUCUUGCACUUGCUUUGGUACGAGAAAAUGCGAUACAGAAAUGGAGAGCUUUACUGGGCCCAAAGAUAGUAGAGGAAGCAAAGGAACAAUGCCCAACAAGGUAUUUAAAAAAACAAACAAACCACACAUACAAAUACAUUGCAUUCUGAUAGAUGGAGACGAUAGAGCAUAAGUAAAGUUAAAGCAUGUUGUAACUUGUUUGACAAUAGUGCCAUCCUCUGGACAGUGUUGCAUGCUUUCGUCUGCUACAUUUUCCCCCCUGUGCCAUUGAACCCAUAUUUUAGUGGUUAGCGUAUUGUAAAAAUGAUUGCAUUGUUUUGUCAAUGCCCUGAUUUGACAAAGGUGAAAAAGUUGCAUCUCUGAAUAAUGCAAAUUCGCAGAUCCCUGUGACCUAACCUGUCAGUAACGUGGGGGAGGGGGGACUGUUUCCCCAGGCUGAACCCCAACUACAUCCUUUUGUAGGGGGAUAACUUGGAAACGGGACGGGGGUGGCACUGUGGUUUAAACCACUGAGCCUAGGGCUCGAAUCCCCACGACAGGGUGAGUUCCUGUUGCUCGGUCCCAGCUCCUGCCAACCUAACAGUUCGAAAGCAUGUCAAAGUGCAAGUAGAUAAAUAGGUACCACUCCGGCGGGAAGGUAAACGGUGUUUCCAUGCCCUGCUCUGGUUUCCCCAGAAGCGGCUUAGUCAUGCUGGCCACAUGACCCGGAAAAACUGUCUGUGGACAAAUGUCGGCUCCCUCGGCCAGUAAAGCGAGAUGAGCGCCGCAACCCCAGAGUUGUUCGUGACUGGACUUUACCGUCAGGGGUCCUUUACCUUUUUUAACUUGGAAACAUAAAGCUUCUGUGUCCUAUAUCUAAUUUCCUGAUUUUGUGGUCUCUAGUUUACGCGCUGAGUUCGCGAUUGACAACGCACCCAUCAAUCAACUGCAUGGAAGCACAACCCCUGAACAAGCUGCAAAGGAACUGGAAUUCUUCUUCCCUGUGCAAAACACUUUUGCUGUCAUUAAACCCACUGCUUUUGAGGAGCACAAAGGUAAACAGCCGGAGGAUAGCACACCCACCCACUCUUAGGCAUUCCUUAGGCCAGGGGUCAGCAGACUUUUUCAGCAGGGGGCUGGUCCACUAUCCCUCAGACUUUGUGGGGGGCCGGACUAUAUUUUGAAAAGAAAGAAAGAUGAAGAACAAAUUCCUAUGCCCCAAAAAUAACCCAGAGAUGCAUUUUAAAUAAAAGCACACAUUCUACUCAUGUAAAAAUCCACGGGCCGGAUUUAGAAGGUGAUUGGGCUGGAUCUGGGCCCCGGGCCUUAGUUUGCCUACCCAUGCCUUAGGCAUUUCAGGAAGGAGCAGGAUAGUACCUUCAACCCUUCCCCCCCUCCCCAUGAUGCUGAUGUCUCUCCCAGUUAUUUCAAACACGGUGAUCAUGUGUUGAUGAGAGAGAGAGUGCCUUAUGUGCAAAAAGCUUUUUCACUGUGGAGGAGGUGGCCAGCAAGUGGGCAACAUCUGUGCGCAUGGCCACUGAGUGUGAUCCCACUCCUCUGCCCCACACGUGCUUGGUAGGCAUGUGAGGAUGUCAUGUGUCCAGGCUUAAGAAGAAAGAGACAGUCCCAAGGGACGGAUGGACAUGUACAAAAUGCUCCCCCCCCCAUUUCCAAAUAUUUAAAAAGUCUGUGUGAUUAUCCUACCAGAAUUUAUGGUAGUUGCCUUUCAAAACCUACUGUGGUAAGGCAUUAUGGCAAAAGAAGGAAAUUGUGGCGAUCUAGGCCUACACUGAAUAGCUGAUGGGCCAAAUUUUGACUGGGAGAUUACAAAAAUAACAAUCUUCAAAAUUUGCAACUGCUGUUUUACAGCAAUGCAAUACUGAUUGCCGUUGGGCAUCAACAACAGCCAGGAGGUAUUUAUUUGCUAUCCUAAUGAGGGCAAGUUGCUUAUUGCUCAGCUUCAGCCUAGUAGGAAUAGCAAUUUGCAGCCUGCAGUGCUAAUUUGUUUAUUGACUGUGCGCAUGGCUUUUGCUUUAAUGGUUACAUAUGGCAAGUGGAACCUGCAGCCAAAUGUUGCAGCAUAGAGUGCUCCUGUUCAGAGUUACAGCCACUAUGCCCUUUUUCAGGAUGUGCCAUUCUGUUCCCACUUCCUUUGCAUCCCCAUGUUCCCAACAGCCAGCAUUUCUUGCCCAUUGAGUGUAUGCAGACCUUCUAGGACAGCUUUGGGAUCUCUCCUUGUGUUUCCCUCCUUUCUGUCUUUCUUUCUUUCUUUCUUUCUUUCUUUCUUUCUUUCUUUCUUUCUUGCUUGCUUGCUUGCUUGCUUGCUUGCUUGCUUGCUUGCUAUUUUGCAACCUGUCCAGCUUGCUCACACCUCCUUCUUGUGCAUUGGAUGAUGGGAUUGCCACUGAGCUGCAGUCAUGGGGGUUUAAUGCACUGCUCAAGCAAAUGCCCUGGGAAUUCCCUUACCUGGCUUGGCCAGGCAGUAGCAGGUGUAGUAGCAGAGGCGCCAAGCCUGCCACUCCUUCACCGCUCCCUCUCAGGAACAAGUCGUGAUGUGUAGCAUUGGGAAGGCAGGUGAACAACACCCCCCUGCUGCUGGAUGGGCUACACACCCUAUGAAGGAGCUUGCGGGUACUUCUGGAUCCUUUGCUGUCGCUUGAGGCUCAGGUGUCCUCUGUGGCGCAGAGUGCCUUCCAUCAGCUUUGGCUGGUGUCCCAGAUGCCAAAAUCCAGCAUCGCCUGAGCUCUGUGAGUGCAGCUUUCUCCCGCUCGAAGUGCAGAGUGUUUGAGGACCGGGACGUUCGCAGGGAAACCAAAAUGCUUGUUUACAAAGCUAUUGUACUACCAACCUUACUGUAUGCUUGUGAAAUGUGGGCCACAUAUAAACGCCAUCUCUGGCUCCUCGAAAGUUUCCAUCAACGGUAUCUCUGAAAAAUCUUACACAUCACUUGGGAAGACAGGCAAACUAAUACCAGUGUACUGGAAGAAGGAAAAAUCACAGUGUCGAAGCAAUGAUUCUUCAACAUCAACUUUGUUGGACUGAUCAUGUUGCGCAGAUGCCUGAUUAUCAUCUUCCAAAGCAACUACUCUAUUAAACUUAACUUAAAAAUGGUAAGCAUAAUGCUGGUGGUCAACCAAAGAGGUUCAAAGACUCUCUCAAGGCAAAUCUAAAAAUAUGUAGUAUAAACUAGGAAACACUGGCCUGCGAGCGCUCUAGUUGAAGAACAGCCUUGACCAAAGUGUCCUGGGCUUUAAAGAUGCUCAAACUCAGGAUGAAAGGGAGAAACGCUCUAAGAGGAAGGCAUACUUGGCAAACCCUCACCAUGAUCAACUCCGCCCAGAAACCUAUGUCCCCACUAUGGAAGGACAUGUGGAUCCAGAAUUGGCCUCCACAGUCACUUACGGACUGACUUUUAAAACUGUGUUUAUGGAAGGCCAUCUUACUCGGCUAUGAGUGAUCGCCUAAGAAGAAGUAUCUGGACAAGGAUAGCCUAACUUCCAUUGUCAGUGCUCUGCUAACCUCUAGGGUAGAAUACAUCAACACAUUUUACGUAGGGCUGCCUCUGAAGACUGUCCGGAAACUUCAGUUGGUGCAAAAUUUGGUGGCCAGGUUGCUCAAUGGGGCAAGACGGUUUGGGCAUAUUACACCGAUCCUGGUCCGACUAGCUGCCGAUCACCUUCUUGGCCCAACUCAAAGUGCUGGUUUUGACUAUAAAGCCUUAAAUGGCUCAGGACCGCAGUACCUCAAGGACUGCCUCUCUCCACAUGAACUGACCCUGACCCUGUCAUCAUAAUCUAAGGCCCUUCUUUGUGCGCCUCCUCUUUGAGAAGUCUGGAGGGAGGCAACACAAGAAAGGGCCUUCUCUGCAGUGGCUCCCCCCUUGUAGAAUGCUCUCUCUAAAGAGGCUCACCUGGCACCUUCAUUUUACACCUUUCAGUGCCCGGCAGAAACCUUCCUUUUCAACCAGGCCUUUGGCUGAUAAAUAUUCUAUGCCCUUUUAAAUGUGUUUGUGGCAGGGGGUGCAGGGAGAGGAGUUUAUUGGUUUGUGGUUUUUUCUUCUUGUUUUUAUUAUGCAUUUUGUGUUUUUAUCUUGUAUUUUUUUGUUGUGAACUGCCCUGAGAUCUGCAGAUUAAAGGCAGUAUACACAUUUAAAAAAAUAAAAUUUAACAAAUAAAAAGGGGGAGAAAAAAGUUGGUUUCCAAGCUAAUAUCAUUAAAAUAAUAAACAAAGGUAAGAGUAUAAUUUACUGGUCUUUAAAAGUUUAAGAACUUUUGAAGUUCUCAGUUCUAAACACACUUUCCCCCCUUUUAGAUGAAAUUAUACAAGAAGUAAAACAGGCUGGAUUCAUCAUAUCUGAAAUGAAAGAAACAAACAUCUCUUCCGAGUUGGCAGCGCAGUUUUAUAAAAACCAAGAAGGAAAACCCUUUUAUGAUCAGCUUAUAAAUUAUAUGUCUGAGUAAGUGCCUGUUUUUUGUUUUAAUUAAAUCCACAGGAAGUAUAGCAGGCCUAACUUGGAAGUCAACAAGCAGGCAGACAGCUUCUGGUACUGUCAUGGAUGUUUUAGGUAUUUUUUGCACCUAGGGAGGAGACUCUUCCUGGACCACUUUGGACUAAAGAUCAAAGAGCAACCCCAUAUUACGACAUCUUCCUUCGCUCAGAGGUGGAGGGUGGGACCGCAGCAGUUCCAAAAUGGUGUUCUGGAACUUUAUGGCUGGGUUUGCUAAGGUGGUGGCAAUGAAUAUGGCAAACAAAGCAGCAUAAGGAAUAGAAAGGCGGGAGCUUGCUGCUAAGUCUUCCGGGACAAAGGAAAAUGACUUGUUUUGAAUUCCUGUAUAAAAGGGUUUGGGAACCACUGCAUUUAGUAUCCAAAAAACCAUCCAGUCAUCAUAACACUAAUUUUAUGCUCCCUUCAACGUUUACAAAAUAUAUCUUUAAGCAUGGAUGAACAAAUAUUACAGAUUCAUAGAUGUCAAUGUCAUAUACUGUAUUUAACAGUCAACCCUGCAUUUUUGUUUUAGUGUGUGUUUUAAAUCCUUAACUUCCUGCAAGGAAUACUUCCCGUAUUUCAUGGUGAAAUACAUGUAUAUCUUCUGGAUUUUCUAUGAUCCAGUUUCCCAAAUUUAACUGGGAACUCCCUUCCUGGUAUCAAAUUGCACCUUGUCAAUUUUUCCUUUGUAGUCUUAUCCAAGUUACAAUCCACCCAUCUAGAUUUUGUAAAGCUAAUUUUAUAUGCAGAAAUAGCGCUGAAUUAUUAUUUAAACUGGUUUGAAAGUUAUUCAAAGAUAUUUACAGGAUGCUGUACAAUGUCUGAACUGGCAAAAAGACUCAACAAAACUCCUUUGGGAGUUAAGGUUCAGCAGUAUCUGGAGGGCCAAAGGUUCCCCACCCUUGUCUUAGGAUAAAAAAAUCUGUUAAAAUUCAUUAAGAACCCUGAACUAUCAGUUCCUUGCAGGAUUAAAAAGAAAGUUCCUUGCAGGAUUAAACCUAAAGUGGCAGAAGUACAUAAUGUGACUGAUGAAACUUCAUCCAGUUUGCAAAACAAUUUUUCACACAUGCAAAUAGUAAUUUGGUGAAAUUGAAACGCCCUGUUUUUAAAAAGGUUUUUCAUCCAGAGCCUUUCAGCUGCUGCAUGUAGAAAAAGAGUGCUCAGAAUGUGCACUGUGCAACAUCCUGAUGUUCUGUGGUGCAAGCAUGUUGCAAAAUGGCCUGUCUUAUUUUUGUUAGAGGAGAGAAGGUUGUUAAUCUACCUUCAGGAGUAGUGUAAUUAUCUCAUGUAAAGCUUUUAGACAAAUGGGAAAUGCGUAGGUCACUGGUACAUAACUGCAAAAAUGAGUGAAAACUGCCUCACCUAUAUCCCAUGCGUAAUUUGGAUACCAUGAACUGUGCUGCUUUAGGAUAAACAUAUACCUCUGAUAUAUUACAAUAGGCAGCAUUCUGAUAUGAACUUGCCUUGCUCAUCUUGUGCAGAAUGUCCUGCUAGUUAUGUCAACACCAGCAGCUACAGAAUCAGAUUGUUAGCGUAACAUAAAUCUUUGAAUGCCUUGGUUUUUCCAGUGGCCCCUCAAUGGUGAUGAUUCUAACCAAAGAAAAUGCUGUGGAGGAAUGGCGGCAAUUAAUGGGACCGACAGAUCCAGAACAAGCAAAAGAAACUCAUCCCACCUCAUUACGGGCUAAAUUUGCAAAAGAUAUUUUGCGCAACGCUGUUCACGGAUCGUCUAAUGCAGAACAUGCUGUGCAGAGCAUUAAUUUUGUCUUUGGAGAUAUUGAUCUAGAGGACCUAAAACACAAAUAUGUCUAUGUCUAGUAGAAUGGUCAAUGUGAUUUUUUAUUUGCAAUAUAUGCCAUAACUAAUAAAUGAGUUAGACUUGUCUUUUUCUG